CAAAGCAAACUAGAAUUUUGGUUGUGAACUCUCUGAAAUCUCCAAUACUUGCACUACUCGCUUCUUUCUUGAGGAGAUGGCCAUGGUGCUGGAUGCUUUAGCUGGAGCCACGGUCGGUAAGCUGGCUGAGGUUGUUGAGGAGAAGGUGGUAACUGUCCUGGGCGUGAAAGACGAGCUCAAGAGGCUGCAGCGGAGGAUGGAGAGGAUCAAGCAUGUGCUUCAUGAUGCUGAGAGAAAGCGCAUUCAAUCAGAAUCAGUUGCAGGGUGGGUGAGGGAGCUCAAAGAUGUUAUGUACGAUGCCGAUGACAUAAUCGACCGAUGCAGGCACGAGGGUGGAAAAUUGCUUGAUGGCCAACCAUCUACAUCAUCUGAUCCAUCAACGGUAUGUUGUAGCCGUCCUCGCUUAUUCUCUUGCUUUACUAGCAUCCGUUUCCGGCAUGAGAUUGGUGAUACGAUUAAGAAAUUAAAUGAGAGAUUGGAGGAGAUAUCUAGAGAUAUGCCACGCCUUAACCUAAUGAUAAGUGGGCUAGAUACUCGAGUCACAACAGUGGACACUCGGCAGACCUCACCUAUCAUAGAUAGGUCUGAUAUCGUGGGGAGGGGCAUUGAACGUGCUACAGACGAACUGGUAGAGAGUAUAGUUAAGGAAGAUGAAAGAAAACUCCAAGUCUUUGCUAUUGCCGGAAUGGGCGGAAUAGGAAAGACUACCCUGGCUAAAAAUAUCUUCAAUCACCCAAGAGUAAAGUCUGAGUUCUCAACAAAGAUAUGGGUCUGCAUACGAGUCACAACGGUGGACACUCGGCAGACCUCACCUAUCAUAGAUAGGUCUGAUAUCGUGGGGAGGGGCAUUGAACGUGCUACAGACGAACUGGUAGAGAGUAUAGUUAAGGAAGAUGAAAGAAAACUCCAAGUCUUUGCUAUUGCCGGAAUGGGCGGAAUAGGAAAGACUACCCUGGCUAAAAAUAUCUUCAAUCACCCAAGAGUAAAGUCUGAGUUCUCAACAAAGAUAUGGGUCUGCAUAUCACAAAAUUUCUCAGAGACCUCUUUGCUCAAGGAGAUAAUAAAAGAAGCAGGAGGAGAUCCCUGUAAUUUGCAAACUAAAGCAGGACUCGAACCUCUACUGAAGGACGCAGUUUCAGGAAAGACUUUCAUUUUGGUGUUAGAUGAUGUGUGGCGAGCAGAUGUAUGGACGCAUUUACUACGCAAUCCACUACAGAGCGCUGCUGUUGGCAGCCGAGUCCUAGUCACAACUAGACAUGCGAAUGUUGCUAGGCAGAUGGGGGCGAUGGAUGCGCACAUCCAUCCCGUGGAAAAAUUGCCGCCAGAAUCUGGGUGGGAACUGCUCUGCAAGAGUUUAUAUGUCACCGGAGAGGAGGAGGAAAUGAAGCGUCUGAGAGGUGUAGGGGCUCAAAUUGUUGGAAAAUGCGACGGUCUCCCUCUGGCAAUUAAGAGCAUUGCCGGUGUUUUAACAACAAAGGGGAGAAAUCCGAGGGAGUGGGAAAAGGUUCUGAGAAAGGCUGCAUGGUCUAUGGGCAAUCUACCUGAAGAUUUGAGGGGGGCCUUGUACUUGAGUUAUGAAGAUCUACCCUCUAACCUGAAGCAAUGUUUUCUUUAUUGCUCUUUAUUACCUGAGGAUUAUGUAUUUAAUCGUGCUGAGCUCGUGAGGCACUGGGCAGCUGAAGGAUUUGCAGAAACGCAAGAGGAUUCUUUCUCAGAACCAGCGGACGAGUGUUUUGAGGAGCUACUUAGAAGGCAUCUUAUCUAUAAAGAAGAACGGCCUUAUCAACGUUAUAAGAUGCACGAUCUCUUGCGAUCACUUGCUCAGUUUCUGUCGCGGGAUGAAAGUUUUUGUGGAGAAGCACAGGAAUUGACUACAGUGCCCGCCACGACGAAACUUCGACGUCUGUCACUUACCGGCGAAGGAGGAGUGUCAGACGAAGAAGGAGGACCAGCACUCACCCCUCAACCUUUACUUUCGCAGAGGAGCUUGAGAACCUUGUUGUUUCUAAGCAGCUCUUACAGUCUUGGGAGCGACGUGUUUUCUGGAUUUCCACUUCUUCGGGUCCUGUCACUGAGUCAAUCACGGAUUGAGGAUAUUCCAGAUGCUGUGGGAAAUCUAAUACACCUGAGGCUGUUGGAUCUUAGCUUGACAAAUAUAUCCAGCUUGCCGGAGUCAAUCAGGAACCUUACAAAUCUCCAGGUUCUAAAUCUCGCUCACUGUAGGUCACUCCGCAGUCUCCCAGAUUCUGUGGGAAAUCUAAUACACCUGAGGCUAUUGAUUCUUAGCCACACAGGAAUAUCCAGCUUGCCGGAGUCAAUCAGGAACCUUACAGAUCUCCAGGUUCUGGAUCUCGCUUGCUGUUCUUCACUCCGCAGUCUCCCCAAAGGCAUUACUCAACUGUGCAAUUUAAGAGUUAUUGAAGCAUUGAGGGCUUCUAACCUGUCCUUUGUUCCAUCUGGGAUGGGAAGAUUAGAGCGGUUAAAUCACUUCAACGGCUUUGUUGUGGGAGGGGAGCAAGGCUGCAGCUUGGAAGAUUUGAACCCUUUAGAGCAGCUGAGGGUGCUGGCCAUGAGUAACCUAAAGGAGGCGGUGGUAGCGCAGGAGGGACGACGUGUGCUUCGGAAUAAAUGUCACCUCAAGAAAUUAAGAUUGGCAUGCACUUAUAAACUGUGGGCUGGUCCACCAGCUGCUGAGUACAGCGAAGGAGAGAUCCGCAGAAUUCAGGAUGUGUUUGAGGAGCUGGCCCCACCGCCAUGCCUGGAAGAAUUAGACAUCAACGAUUACUUUGGUCUUCAGUUUCCAAGUUGGAUGAUGUCACCAUCGCUGGGAUCUCUUCUUCCCUGUCUCACAAGUUUGACCCUUUUUAGUUGCAGAAACGUCGUGCAGCUUCCUCCUCUCGGUCUAUUGCCCGAAUUGAGACGUCUUUCUAUUGGGUAUGCCGAAGCGGUUGUAUCCUUUGGCUCGGAGGCUUAUGGGAGCGGCUCUACACAGGCGCUCUUUCCAAAGCUUGAGUCUUUCUGCCUCCACGGAAUGCCAAAUUUGCAAGAGUGGUCAUUUUGUAGAGAAGAGGAGAUUACUGUGUUCCCAAAUCUGGUGGAGCUGAAUGUUUACUACUGCCCGGGAUUGAAAUCACUCCCUGGGGGCCUGAAGGGAUCUCCCUUGAAGAAGUUGGACAUCUACCACUGUCAAGGUCUGGAAAGGAUCUCUCAUCUUCCUGCACUAAGAGAGUUGAGCAUCAUCGGGGAAUGCCCUCUAUUGAAAAAUGUGGAGAAACUGGAUUCAUUGGAGACGCUAGUUCUAUAUGAAUGGGGGAUGGAUUUUCUCCCGGAGGGACUGCUGAGGCUGCUGCAAGACCGACAGCUACACCAGGAUGAUGAUUUCACACUUGCAUUGCAUUCUCUAAGCGAUGUUCUUUUCAGUAAGUGCGUUAUGGGAGGCGAAUACUGGCCGGUCAUCCAAAACUUACCCAGAGUCGAAGCCGGUUGUGGAAAUCUAAGAUAUCUAAGAUACACCAAGGAACCCUAUCACUACGAGACCAGUUAAAAGCGCUCUCUUUCUUGGUGUUUAUUUCUUAGUAAACUCUUUUACCAGUGUUAUUUGGAUCAUCCAAAGGAUGUUGUAUGUUCCUAGAAUAAGUUGGGUAAUACAAAUGUCUGGGUUAGCCUUUUCCUUUGAGAUUAUGUCUUGACUAGGCAUUUGCGAAGAGGAGGAUUUUCUGUAGCUACUUUUAUUCUCUUGAUGAUUUAUAGAAAAGGUGAUGUCUUGACUAAUACUGUAUAGCUAUGUUUUAUCAAUUCUUAUAGUGAAUGUGAUGCACGACUAUUUACAUUAAGUAUUUUCUAAUUUAGUAUAUUAUAUAUCAGGAAAUGACUUUUAGCUUUGACAUCGUAGACAAUUGUUUCUUUUGACAAAAUGUAAAUAAACUUGAUGCAUAUAGAAGAGCUGCGUAGUUGGUAUGAAUCAACUACAAGUUCCCAGGAUUUAAUCGUGUAAGGGCCAGUAUGAGGCGCACCAUUUCCUGAAAGUCUCAAAGCCUGACCUCUGAUUUUAUGGCCAUUAAACUCUAGAAAAAUCAAUUCACUAAUUACUUUAUUUACGUCACUUGUUAUUUCUUUUCAUAUAAGCCUGCGUAGAUGAUUGGAACUUUGAGAAACUAGUUGAAGGUUUAAAAUGAAAGUUUUAGAUCAAAGAAGAAUUGGAAUAAAUUUCAUGUAGCACUGGUGGAGUCAUCUUAUUGGGUCUGUGUAUUCAAUCUUUUUGCUUGCAUUUUUUUCCUGGCAUGUGACAGUUUAGCUUUAACAUGUUUAGUUUCAGACUAUCUACCUGUCUAUCCAAAAAAAUUCAUACAAACCCUUUGGUGAAAGCAACUGAUUCUUGAGACAUUGCACUUUGAUUACUCAUGCUCGUAUUUCUUAAAGAAACAAGAGAUCAUGCAUGACAAUUUGUUCACACCACUAUCUUGGAGAACUCUUCCAUAAACCUAGUUUGAAAAUGCUUCCAUACAUUACCCAAGGCAUCAACUCAAAGAUAGUUUAAAUGUCGGUAUAUAGCAUUUUAAGUGUAUGAUAUUUCUAAUUUGUUGUAUCCUGCAUAUCGAUCUAAAGCACUGUUAGUAUGCAGAGAUUGAGUUUAUUGCACGUGUCUAUACUUUUUACUUGCGGUUGAACUAAUUCGCUUGUUCAGCAUUCCGAGAGUUUCUUGCAGGUUGUGGAAACACCUUGACUAAUUACCUGCUGCUCUUCGAUCUUUUCCUCGUAUCCAAAAGUUAUUUAAACUAACUCUCUUACUACCUUAACGCUUAUAGAUCACUUAAAUACACUUGUCUUUUGUGGACGAUGGGAUGAUGACAAUGGAGGGUUCAACAUGCAGCGAUCAAAACUGCAACACCGAUUGCCUGAGCAAGGGGUUGGAAGGCGGAGCUUGCCAUAUCAACUUUGCUGAUAAAAAAUGCCCCUGCAUAACAUCAAAACCUGUUGAAGAUCGAAGCACUGGUUCAGCAUUCUUCUAGUGCUACUGUUUCGUUGGAUUGUGCACUUUUUCAGCUUCGUUUCUCAUCAAUCAGAAAGAGGCAUCUGGUACUAUUUAUCCGUUCAAUUUAUGUGUAAGUGAAGAGGAAAUAGAUGUAGGAAGUCAUCUGUUAACGCAUCUAUAAGUUUUUUGUACUAGAAUCUUACUGUCAGUAUGACUGCCAAAGUAUGCUUUUUGA